AAAAAAAAAAAAAAAUGAUUUUUCUAAAUAAUUCCUUAAUUUAUGUCAUAUUUGGAAUUUUACUUCAAUUAUUAUUAGUAGUUAAAGUUUAUUCUCAAAUACUAACUAUUAAACCAGAUUUAAGAUAUGACCAUACCGCUACAUUAAUUAGGGAUGGAUUAUAUAUUAUAGGUGGAGCUACUCCUGAUGGAAAAACACCAAAUUACCCAUUUUUAUUUCUUGAUGUUUCUAUUCCUUUUGAUACAAAACAAUUAAAAUGGCAUGAUUUAUCAAAUUUGUCAAACAAUGAUAUUGUUCCAUCACAUCAAUUUGCUGCUGCUAUUAAAGGUGGAGCAGAUAAUAACACAUUAUUUUUAUAUGGUGGUAUGAAUUUAGACAACAAUCCAAUGUCUCUAGUUUACACAUUAAACAAUUUAUCAUGGGAUACUCCUAAAAUAAAUGGUACACCACCAAAUGGAAAAUUAUUUAUAACCCCUGUAAUUGAUUAUAAUGGAUUAAUAUAUUUAUUUGGUGGUUACUCGACUGAAAACAUUUAUACAAAUGAUAUGUUUAUCUUAGAUUCAAUAAAUUUAAGUUGGAAAAAUGUUAGUUCAAUAAAUGCGCCUAGUCCAAGAAUUGAGUAUAGUGCCGUGUUUUUACCAAAUAAAAAAAUUAUCUAUAUGGGUGGUCAGUUUAAUAAUACAACUCUUCCACUAAGUGAGGUAUAUUUAUACGAUACAGUAAAUGAUAUUUGGACUACACAGAUGACUGGUGGAUCAAUACCUUCUGCAAGGUUUGCAUUUUCAAGUGUUCUCGGAUUGGAUGGUCAAAGAAUAAUUAUUUUUGGAGGAAUGAAUUCCACUCACAUUAUAAGUGAAGCACUAUAUGUUUUAGAUUUAAAUAAUUAUAAUUGGUAUAUACCAAGUUUUUUCGAACAACAAUUAAAUGCCCGUGCUGAGCAUAAAACAGUAUUAAUUGAUAAAUAUAUGGUUAUAACUUUUGGUCAAGGUUAUACACGAGAUGAUAGUGAUAGUGAUAUAUUAUUGCUUGAUAUUAGUAAUAAUGAUCAAUAUGCUUGGACAACUAGCUUUGAUCCUACACCAACUAUUAUACAUUCUAGUAAUAUAGGAGUUGUAAUUGGUGUAGUUUUCGGAUCUACAUUUGUUGCUAUUUUAUUAUUAAUUGGAAGUUAUUAUUUGCGUAAAUGGUAUAAAAAUAAAAAAGAACAAACUGAUACAAUAACAACUCCCGAAGAAGAACAUCCUCGAGAAAUUUUACGAAUUCCAGGUGAAAAAAAUACUCAAGAUCAAAAUCAACAGCCAACAUCAACCUCUCAAAUUCUUCAAAUUUCGGGAAAUACUUCAAAUUCAUUACAAAAUAAUGAAAUGAUACAAGAAGUAAGAGAUGAAAAUAAAGGAAUACCAACUUCCGGAGAAGACCAUCGAGAAGAUCACCCUUAAAAUAAUUAAUUUUGCAAAUUCUAUUCGAUAUCAAAGUCAACUAGCAACACCAACUUUUUAAAUUCUUCAAAUUUUAGGAAAUACUCAUAACAAUAAUUAAGUACAAUAUCUCAAUAUAAUAAAAUUUGUAUUGUGUAAUUAUUCUUUUUUGUAUUUUACAUCAUAGAUUUAUAUAUAAUUAAAAGUUAUUGACUUAUUAUACUUUGGGAAUAU